AGUUCUUGUGUAGAAAGAUAGUUUCAUGUGAUCAAAAUUGGGGCUUUACUAAUUUUAAGACAUGGACGAGUUUGCCGCAAAGAAGAAGGAUUUGGUCAAUACGCCUGUGGAUUUGUAUCCUCCGGAGAAUCCAAUGUCGGGUCCUUCUCAGAUGAUGGAUUCAUUCAGAGAAACUCUUUGGAAUGAUGGUGGUUUCAAUGUCCACACAGAUGCAGACACUUCCUUUAGAGGUAAUAAUAAUAUUGAUCAUAGACCUCUUGAAAUGGGUUGGAACAUGGCUCAGUUCCCUGCAGAUUCAGGAUUCAUAGAGCGUGCUGCAAAGUUUUCUUUUUUUGGAUGUGGGAGUUUUAGUGAAAUGAUGAUGAACCAACAAUCUUCUCUUGGAGUUCCAGAAUCAACUGGCUUGUUUCUUCAAGAUACACAGAUUUCAAGUGGAUCCAAACUAGAUAAUGGUUCUCUUAAGGAUGCAUCUAAGUUAGUUAAAGACAGAUCGAUUAAUGCAUCAGAGGAUUCUCAAUCUAGUGGAGGUAAUGGUCAUGAUGAUGCUAAAUGUGGGGAUACAUCUUCCAAGGGGUUUAAUUGUAAGAAGAGGAAAAGAAUUGGGAAGGAUUCUGAAACUAAUCAAUCACAUAGAGUUGAGCAAUGUGGUGAAGAACAAGAAAAUAAAAAGCAGAAGGAAGAGCAAAGUCCAAAUUCAAAUGCUAACAAGACAAACAGUGAGAAACAAGCUUCUGAUUCUUUAAAGGAUGGGUAUAUUCACAUGAGGGCACGGAGAGGCCAGGCUACAAAUAGUCACAGUCUUGCAGAAAGAGUGAGGAGAGAAAAAAUCAGUGAAAGGAUGAAGUUCCUGCAAGAUCUUGUACCGGGUUGCGACAAGGUGACUGGGAAGGCGGUUAUGCUUGACGAAAUCAUUAACUAUGUGCAGUCACUUCAAUGCCAGAUCGAGUUUUUAUCGAUGAAACUUUCGGCUGUGAAUCCUGUGCUCGAUUUUAACCUUGAAAGCCUCCUUGCAAAAGAUGCUCUUCAAUCAUCUGCACCGACAUUUCCCCAAAACAUGUCGAUGCUUUAUCCUCCUCUAUCAUAUCUCUCUCAAACAGGAUUCAUGCAACCGAACCUUUCCUCAAUGACGCUAUUGAAUGGAGGAUUAAAACGGCAGGAAAUACAUGGAUACGAAAGUGAUCACCACAAUGUUGUCCACAUGAACAAUGAAACUGGCACUGCACCUGAUCAUGAAGACGCAACAGCCGACAUGAAGGUGGAGCCGUAGAUGGUUUCUUCUUCACUUUGUACUCAGCUUUAGCUGCGGUUGAGAAUUUUAUUAACUUUGAACAGAAGAGUGAAAAACGAAACAGAGGAGGAAGCAAAUCUUGUCGUUGUAAUAUUAACAGCUCCGGGAGAAAGAGUCUGAGAGUAAGAAUCAACAAUGUUGUGUACUGAAUAGCUACUGUCUGCUUCUUUUGUGUACAUAUAAAUCCAUGUAGGGAAG